AUGGAGCAUUGUAAUGCAACAAUUACACCAUGUGAAGCAAGGCUACAACCGUCCAAGAGUGAGGGUGAGCAAGAAGUGUAUCCAACUCAAUAUCGAAGAUUGAUUGGAUCAUUGCGGUACUUGUGCAAUACACGACAGGACUUGGCAUUUAGUGUCGGUAUUGCUAGUAGAUUCAUGGAGAGACUAACGGUGUCUCGUAUGGAGGCGGUCAAGAGGAUAAUUAGAUACGUCAAUGGAAAUCUUGAUUAUGGAAUUCUCUUUCUAGCAUCGGAUAUGGGCCGAAAAUCCGAUUUACUUGGUUUCACCGAUUCCAAUUAG